AUGUAUUUGUGUGUGAUCAAUGACACGUGCAAAUGCAAAUUUAAAAAAAAAAUUGUUUUAUUAAUUUUUAAUAUUUGUCCAAGAGCUAAAGAAAGGUUAUCUCGGUAUGUAAACAGCUGGGGAAAGGCUGUAUUAGAUGUGCCUGGAGAUGGUCACUGCAUUAUUUACUCAUUAUUUGUGGUCUUGACAGAACAACAUAUUGAUGUCCAAAUUGAUAGUAAAUCCCAGUUACUGAACAUUAUAGAAGUCGAAAUAAUGAACAACCUAGAUUUUUAUGGGCCAUUCCUGGGUAACAUUGACAUGGUGAAGCAGUGGCGUUUAUACAAGGAGAAAGGUUUAUAUGACCAGGAUAUUGUUGAUCUGUGUCUCCAUGCUGUAGCCAAUUGUACAGGAAUCACAGUUGAUGUUAUACAAGCAACAGAUCAUGGUAUUAGGAAUGUUGUUGUCGAACCAAACAAGCCUGGCAUCUCGUCACAUCGUACAAUCCAUCUCACCAAUUCACAUGAUCAUUACAAUCCUGUGGUCAGUGCUCAAACAAAGAAUUAUGAAUGUAAUCCAACAUUAAGACAACAACUUGUUAUCAAACAUCCAAAGAAUGAAAAGAAGCAUGAUGAAAAAGAAGAUCGUUAUGAUUAUAUAAAUCCCAAUUUAUACAUCGACUCCUCUUCGCCUUUAUCCUUAAACAACAGAUAUGCUGCUCUGGGUGACAGUUCUGAUGACUGCUUCAUUGUUGAACCUCAUAAUAAGAAGUGUCCGCAUCUUUCUGGUAAUUUUGCUGCAAAAUCCUCGACAUUUGAUGAACAGUUUGAUUUAAAGGACGAACAGAUUAAUGCAAUUGAUCAAAAGAGAAUGCAAUUGAUCAAAAGAGUGAUGCAAGUGAUAAACAGAGUGAUGCGAGUGAUAAACGGAGUACUUCAAGUGAUGACGAGAGUCAUUCAAGUGAUGAAGAGAGUCAUUCAAGUGAUGAAGAGAGUCAUUCAAGUGAUGAACUCAGCGAUAGAGUCAUUCAAGUGA